GAACCGACUCAAAACCCCACCGCUAAUUUAGACCGUUCCCACGACCGCGUCUACGAAUGCACAACCGACGUAGUGAGGGCCGUAAUGUCACUCUCUCAAGGCGUUCAACAAGCCGUAGCGGAGCAGUACCUCGAACUAGUCAAGAAGGUUGGAAUUGAGCUGAGAUCGCUGCUAGCCAGCGUCGACGAGAUCGUUUCGGCUUUCCCAGUAGCCGCCCAACGGGAAGUAGAGAUGGCUCACAAGGUUUUAUCCAAAGAUAUGGCGGAGUUGGUGAACGCCAUGAAGUUAGCGCAGCAGUACAGCCACACGACUUUAGAUGCUGAAUACAGAAAGUGA